AUGAGCGGAUUCGCAAACAUCCACGAGCUCUAUAAUAAUCCAUCGAACGUCGUGUUCGAGGAGGAGAACUUCCUUAACUAUCGACCGGGCGGAUAUCAUCCUAUUGCCCUGGGAGAUACUCUAAAAGACGGCCGGUAUAAAAUAUACUAUAAACUGGGCCACGGUGGCUUCUCAAUAGUCUGGGUUGCUAGAGACUAUAGGCUCGAGCAAUGGGUGUCCGUUAAAAUCGCUAAAGCAGAGAGGACAAAAUAG